UAUUUAUAGUUUUAUACAUUAAUAACAAAAUAUGAAUAUUACAGCAGGUAUUUAAAAUAAAAUUUUAACUUUGUCAUAUUAUUAAUGUCAAAAAUAAAAUCAUUAAACUUAUACGGUAUUUCAAAUUUAUCAUAUUAACUGCAAUUUUAUAGGGAAUCUAUAAAUGGAUUUACCUAUAAGAUAAAUAAAUAUAUAUUUUUUCUAGCAAUACUAUUGUCAGUGUUAACACUAGCCUGAAGCUUUAAUGAUGAUUACAAUUGUACAAAAAUAAUCAAAGAUAUUGACAAAUGUUCAUGCAAAAAUCGAGUAGUAAGGUGCAUGGAUAUUGAUGAAAUCGACCUGGAUGAAGUUUUUACAUUAUUAGCUGAAGGUGUUCCUUAUAACUCCCAACAAUACGAGUCAUUUGAAUUGACCAGCAACUAUGUCACAAAAUUAGAUCCGGUACAAUUUCAUGGUAUUCGGUUCAAGGAGGUCAAGUUUAUAAAUUGCACAAAAUUGACCUGUGUCAGUCCACGUGCAUUUGAGGGACUACAGUUAAGACGAUUUACGAGUAAAUUAACUAAUUUCAAGGCCCACAAUAAGACAUGCGAUUUAUUCGGUGCGUUGAGUACAUUGAUAAAUGUUGAGGAGAUUAUGAUAACCGGCAGUGAAAUAGCAGUCAUUCCCGACAAUGCGUUCAAUGAUAGGAUGGGAGUGUUAGACAGUCUCAGAGCUAUUGACUUCGGGGGCUCUCAAACACCCGGACAUAUUGGACGGGUAGGCAAAAAUGCCUUCUCAACACUUAGAAAUUUGAACAAGGUAGACUUAUCUAAUCAGAUGAUAACCGAGAUCGGGGACCAGACGUUCCAGGUUCCACGAGCCCAAUGGGAUCACAUAACAAUUAACCUGGAUCAUAAUCAACUUAUAGGGCAAGGAGGUGUCGACCCUCCCAACGCUACCUGUAAUCUGUUUGCAGCGUUGAGUACAUUAACAAAUGUGGAGACUAUUAGUAUAGUCGGCAGUGAACUAACAGCUAUUCCCGAUAAUGCUUUCAAUGACAAUACCGGUGCUCUCACUAGGCUUAAGACUAUUGACUUCGGGGGUCGACAGACAAAGGGAAAGAUAUAUAAAAUUGGCAAAAGAGCCUUUUCUACUCUAAAAAACCUGGAGCUAAUCGACCUGUCCAAUCAAAACAUUGAUAAAAUACUUGACUAUACAUUUGAAUUUCUCGAUUCCAGCCUAAACACCUCGAUAACAAUUAACCUGGAGCACAAUUUCUUAUACAGCUACUCAUUUGGCAAGGACGUGUUUUUAUCCAACAGGUCUACCCAGCUUAAACUGGGCGGUAAUCCCUAUUUACACGCCUUACCCGAACUGGGGUUUCACGAGUUUUUUGGGGAGAAAAGUCACGCAAACAAUACGUGCGAUGUUUUGGGCGAUAUGUUAGCCAUUGAUGUGAGAAACCAGUGGUUAGUUCGCUAUAAAGUAAAGUUAGGCCUAAAUAGGAAGCUAUUGUAUGCCAUGGGAAUGGACGGCAAGUCUCUGUUGAAUCAUACGGAACAGGAGAUGAGUGGCGACCCGCCUAUUACCGAGGCUCCUGCACUUAUACUAACAGCUAUAGCGCUGACCAAUGCGUGUGACUACUGCCCUAACCCUGAUGACUUUGCACCAUGCACGUGCAAUAACGAUGUUAUCAAAUGCGUGGACACUGCCGGUGAAUUGGACCUAGAUGACAAAUUUUCACAGUUAGCACAGGGUGCCCCCUAUGGGUCCAGAUACUACACGGCUUUUCAGCUGGAAAGUAGCUCAAUGACCAUGCUACCAGCUUCCGUAUUUCAUGGCAUUCAAUUUGGAGAACUCCGGUUCAUAGGGUGCUCUAAACUGUAUUGUGUGGACCCAAAGGCUUUCGAGGGACUGGGACCCAGGAUUAAUAGGUUUACCGCCGAGUUAACCAAUUUUAGCUCCCCGGUCAUCUCAACGGUCAACUAUACGUGUGACCUGUUUUCGGCGUUGAGUACAUUGACAAACGUGGAGACCAUUAGUAUAACCGGCAGUGAAAUCAUCGCAAUUCCCGACAAUGCCUUCAAUGAUCGGAUGGGAGUACUCGUGAACUUACAUACCGUGGACUUCGGGGGCCGACAGACUAAGGGCAAGAUUGGGACAGUUGGCAAAAAUGCCUUCUCAACACUCACUAACCUAAAACUGGUGGACCUGUCCAACCAGAGGCUGAUCAACAUCCAUGACUACGCCUUUUCGUUCACGACGGCCACGUGGGACCGCAUAUCCAUUCACUUGGAGGGCAACCAAUUGAAUGGCCUGUCAUUCGGCGCACAUGUAUUCCCCACCAAUCGGGUCACGAACCUGACCCUCACGGGUAACCCUAAGCUCAGUUAUUUGAACCAGAGCAGUUUCUACGACUACUUCGAGGACAGGGGUCACGACCCCAAUAUCCUGGAUAUAUCGGGCGAUCUUCAGGAGGUGGACACCAAUAACGAGUGGCUGAUCGACAAUAAAGUGGCGCUCGGCCUACAGAAGAAGUUGUUUAAUGCGAUUGCAACGGAUGGUCGACCCCUUUUGCAACACACCCACAAGGAAAUGACUGCCGCGCCCACCACUACCACCGUGGCGUCGGUAGUUAAUAGCGAUGAUGACCAGGAUGAUUCGUAA